CCAUUGUUUGUAUAUUGAGGAGCCACCACCCCUUGCAUGUAACAAACCUUAUCAAACUAACUUAGAUAUCUGUCAUCCUCAGUCACAUCCGCUUUCACUGUCUUACCACCAUCGCUACCAGACCCUCGGAACGCCAGCAGCAUCAGCACGGCCAGCUGCAGGACAAGAGAAGUGUCUCUCUUCCAUCCACUCAUGUUCACCACUGUUGCUCCAGAUCCUACAACCUCACCGAUGACGGUAUCUCAGCAUCUUUCCACCAGUCCCACGACCACCGUAUUCUCGCAUUCCACACGUCCCCACAGCAGUAACCCUCGCACCUCGCCUCCUUUCUCCACCAUGACUACCUCCACCUCCACCGUAACAGCAAUGACCCCAAUCGUAGUCUCCACGAAUGGCCCAUCAGCACCGACAGUCAACUCGUCCCCACCGUCAAUGGAUAUCCUCACGCCUGCACCCUCUUCAACGCCAGACGAGCACAACAGCAAUAACCGUAAACCAAACACACCACUCCCAACCCCAGUCCCGACCUCAAAACCCAUAUCUACAACAGCAAUUUCCCAAACCAUCCCACUCAUACCCCACGGCAACCUCACUUUAAAAUCAAUCGACACGACAAACACUCCCUACCCGCACUCGGACCUCCGCAGCACCCCACCGAAAUGGCACGUUCGGCGGUGUCCGGUUUUGAAUCCGAAGCGCUCGCUGUAUAGACAUGGAGAUCCAGCUAGAGCCGGAACUGGGGCGAAACAGGGAUUUUUCCGAGGGGAACCGAAGAACAUAGACGAGCUUGAUCAUGAAGGAGAGGGAGUUGCUACCUUACCCAUCUUCGAAGGGGACUACGGUGUAGACGACGUGAGGCAGAGCGUUGAAGUGGACAUUCAUGUCGAUGCAGCUCAUCCCGACAGCAAUGAGUGGUUAUGAUAUAGCUGGGAAUACCAAUAUCGUUGCGAAUACCCAGCCCAGCUUGGACGGAGGGAUAGCGUUGGCCACAAGGAAGGGAAAAUGGGGGUUUGGACGGGGAGGGUCGAGUGGCCCGAGAGCGGGAUGAGGAGUAGUAUUAAGCGGGAGGCGAUGAGGGGAAUUGGGG